AUGGCUCCUGUGAAAAUUAACUUCAAGGUCAAUCAAACUACUCAUCAGGUGGUUGCCUUUUCCAUGAAUAACAUCAUGAACGGUGUUGAGCAAGUAAAAUGGUCAAGUUGGAAGGUGCACUUCGAACAUUUGAAGGAUCUGCCUCGAUGUGAUUCAUACAGAGAAACUGACGUGUUAAUUGGGUUGGACAAUGUGGAUAUACUGAAACCUUUGGAAGUGAGAACGGGUGCGAAGGGAGAGCCGUACGCAGAACGCACUCUUCUGGGUUGGGUCGCCCGCGGUCCAGCAGCCCCUCGAAGAAAAGAUGAGACCCUGGGUCAACAGGUUUGGAGUCAUUUUGUUAAAUCGCGAGUGAACGUGGAGCGAUUCUUCGACGGGGAGGCUCUGGGCACGGAGGUCGAGAAAGAAGUUUCAUAUUCCAAAGAUGACCUUAAAAUGAUGAAGCAUUUAAGUAACGGCAUUAAGAAGAUUCCAGAUAUGCCUGGGUACGUGUUCAAACUUCCGUCGAGACCUGAAGUCGAGAACCUAAAAGACAACCGGAGAAUUGCUGAGCAAAGGCUGGCUGGUCUCCUCACAAGAUUUGUCCGAGAUUCAGAGUUUGAGGCUGACUAUGAGGAGGCUAUCAACCAAUAUUUGGAGAGGGGUUAUGAUCAAAAGAUAUACGAAUACAAUCCAGAGCAAGAACCUGAGCUGGGGGAUCCAAGGUUGGAGAAUGGCCAAUUCUUCUUACCACAUCAAGGGGUGUACAAAACUGAAGCAAAGGAAAAGUUGCGCGUCGUGUUUGAUAGCUAUGCUGAACAUGACGGACUAAGUCUGAACACUGUCUUAUAUUGCGGACCUAAAUUGCUGAUGGAUAUAUCUGAAGUCUUGUUACGUUUUCGUGAAUUUGGGGUGGCCUACACAGCAGAUGUGUCUGACAUGUUCUCCAAGAUUUUCUUGAAUGAGCAGGAUGCUAAGAAACACCGAUUUUUAUGGAAAAAGCCAGGUCAAGACAUGAUUCAAGUGCUUCAGAUGAACAGGCUGACCUUUGGGGAUGGACCGAGUCCCUGCUUGGCAAUCGCAACCUUAAGAAAAACAGCAAGUGAAUUUGGAAAACCUGGAAGUGAAGCCGUUGAGACAAUCCAAAAUGGGUUUUAUGUUGAUGAUCUUUUAGAUUCUGUGCCCACAUUGGAAGACGCUAAUUGGAAGGCCAAGGAAAUUGACGGAACGCUCAGAAAAGGCAAUUUCGUGUUACACAAGUGGUUAUGCAACAAGGCUGGCUUUAAUUGGGAAGAACCGACCAUUGAAAAAGCCACCACAGUCUUGAGAAUGGCUUGGAAUGCAAUGGAGGAUACCAUCGCUUUGAAGGUCUCAGUUGGGAUGAGGACCUGGAAAAGAAAGCUCUCAACAUUCAAAAUGACAAGGAUAGAUCGGGCAGACUGUGGGAGGAAGUCAUUUGGUGGAAGGAGUGGUGUUCAAGAAUUAAUGCAGUGA